AUGUCGACUCUAUCCUCUCCACGCCCCUCAAUCGCUUCGUCACGAGCUCACUCGCCCACCCCUGCCUCCUCACGCCGUCCGUCGCUCGACACCCUAAACACCCACGUCGGCCUCAGCGCGUCCUCAACACCCUCCACAGCGCGCGCAGUCUCGCCCUCACUACGGCCGAAACGCAACCGAACCGCCCUCCGAGACUACUACAACCUGAAGCCGUCCGCGGCCGACCCGUCCGGCGGCCCACGCUCACCCAGCGUCCCCCGACACACAGAUGCCGGGGACAUCUCCAGCCCAUCGGUCGUGUCGACCGGCACAGAGCUCGACAACCCGGACUUCGAUCCGCAGCGCUACGUGGACCACCUCCUGGCGACGUCGUCACUGUCGACGAUCCUGAAGGCCGAGAAUACGCUUGUCGGCGACAUCCGUACGCUGGAUAGCGAGCGCAAGGCCCUCGUUUACGACAACUACUCGAAGCUGAUCCGCGCCGUCGAGACCAUUGGCAAGAUGCGUCGUAGUAUGGAUGAUCGGGGGGCUCCGUUGACGAUGACCAAGACGCUGGGGCCGGCUAUUGCGUUCGUGGCGGAGACUGCGGGUAGCUUGAUUCAGGAGGGCGAGGAACAGCGGAGACUGAUGAAGGAGGCGAAGACAUCCGAUGCGGCGGAUCGCAAGAAGGCCGAAAAACAAACGGUGAAGUGGGUACUGGCGGCACCGGAGAGGCUCGAGAAGCUUCUGGCCGAUGGGAAUAGAGAGGAGGCUGAAAGGGACUGGGAGGAGGUACGCAAUCUACUUGCGAAAUGGGGAGAGGUGAAGGGGGUUAAGGAGAUCCGAGAGGCCUGCGAGAAGGUCAUGAAGACGAAGGAUGAGGCGUCUUGA